AUGGUGGUUAAUGGGCAUUGCCAUCGACCGAACGUCUCUGUCUACGGAGAGCAGCAGAGCCUCGGUCAAACGUCUCUGUCUGUGAACAUGCGGAAGGCAACAGGACGUAUGGUGGCUUUGUCUUUUUUCUUCCAAGGGAGGGCUUCGGGGACAUCUCUGUCUGUGAACGUGCGGAAGGCAGCAGAGCGUGUGGUGGCUUCGUCGUUUUUCUUCAAGGGGUGGAUACUGGCGAACGUCUCUGUCUGUGAACGUGCGAAAGGCAGCAUAACGUGUGGUGGCUCGCCAAAAAGGGCGAAAGGAUAG